AUGGCCACGGAGGUACAGGCAGUAUUCCUCCAACGGCGCCUUGUGACACUGUCGGGGAGCAAGGGCAUCGGGAAGACCGCGCUCAUGGUGGCGGCCGGCCGGUUCAUCCAGAUGCGGCGGGUGAACGGCUUUGAGGAAGUGUACUGGCUGAACGGUGACGUUCCCAACAAGAUCUCCGACAACCUGCAAGACCUCCUGCGCGCGCUGCGUCAGGAUCCGAACAUCCUCGUGCUUGCAGAUGUGCCAAGCAUCUCGUUGAACAGCCUGCCUCUGCGGGAGCUCCUGGAAGUCAACCAGAAGGCCCGGCUGGUCCUGGAGGUGGCCGACGCCUCGCCGGACCAGCUGAAGGCACAGCUAGGCAGCUUGAACGUGAAACCGACCAAGAUGGAGUUGGGUCCGCUUCAACCGCUGGCGCAGGCGCGCCUCUUCCUGUGCCGUGCUGCGCGGCCCCUCUACGACUUCGAACUGCACGAGCAAGGAUCCGGCAAGCCCAGCACUCCGCCAAAGAUCGCCGAGGGCUUUGGGCAGACCUUGGGGGACCUCCUUGCGUUGGCAGAGCUUCCCUGGUUGCGAUCCUUAAGCGGGAACCCGUCCCACAUCGUCGAUGCCGCCCAAGCACUGAAGCCCUGGGAGGCGACCAAGGCUGAAAGCGCGCCUCCGAAGGGCCAGAUGGUGAAAGUCCGCGCGGUCCGCCCAAGUGGUGAAGUUGACAAGCUGAAAUUGUUGGACAGCAUGACCGUGGCCGAAAUCAUCGAUGCCCGGAUUAUCUAG